AUGCGGAUUAUUAAUGAUAGGGUCGGUGUUGAUGGUAGGCAGUAUAGUGCUCCCAUAGCCUCAGAGGUUGCAGCAUUAAUACCUAGUGAUUUUGUAGCUGAAAUGCCUUCCCGUGAUAUUAUUGUUCAGUCCAAGAAUACUGGCAGACUUCAAAGAAUAAGUGAGAUACACCCUUCCUACUUGCCUUUACAAUAUCCACAGAUUUUAUGUUUUGGAGAAGAUGGUUGGAGACAUGGUAUAGAGAAAGCACUCACUGGUAUUAACAACAAGAACAAAAGGAAGUAUAUUAGUAUGCGACAAUGGUUUGCAUUUCACUUACAGGAGAGGGAGAAUGAAUGUCAAACUCUGAUGCGGUCUAGAAGAUUAUUCCAACAAUUUAUUGUUGAUGCAUACACUGCUGUAGAAAGUAAGAGGUUGUCUUUCAUUAAAAAGAAUCAGACUAAACUUCGUUGCACUGAUUUUAAUUCUUUGAAAGAGGUCUCAGCAGCUGGACAGCCCAAAAUAUCUGAGCAAGGCAACCCUAUUACCAUUCCGUCUUCAUUUACAGGAGGUUCAUGGUAUAUGGUGAAUAGCUACUACGAUGCAAUGGCUAUCUGUAAACACUUUGGUUUUCCUGAUUUGUUCAUAACGUUCACAUGUAAUCCCAAAUGGCCAGAUACUACCCGUUAUUGCAGUGUCAGAGGACUUGCUCCAGAUGAUAGGUCUGGCAUUGUUUGUCGUAUUUUCAAGAUUAAACUUGAGUCUUUGAUGAGAGACUUGACUGAGAGACACUUUCUCGGGAAGGCAGUCGCAUCUAUGUAUACCGUUGAGUUCCAAAAACGUGGACUUCCUCAUGCGCAUAUAUUAUUAUUUAUGGAUCAGAGAAGCAAGUUGCCUACUGCGGAUGAUAUAGACAAGAUAAUUUGCGCAGAGAUUCCUGAUAAGAAUGUCAAUCCGGAACUAUAUCAAGUCGUCAAAAAUAAUAUGAUUCAUGGCCCAUGUGGUGCUGCAAAUUAUAACUCCCCGUGUAUGGUAGAUGGACUCUGUUCUAAAUUUUACCCUAAAGCUUUCUCUGAUUUAACCAAGAUUGGGAAAGAUGGCUAUGCUGUAUAUCGAAGGAGGCGAUCCAACAUAUCUUUUGAGAAGAGUCGUUUCCAAUGUGAUAAUCGUUAUGUUGUUCCUUAUAAUCCUAUGUUGUCAGUUCGUUACCGAGCUCACAUUAAUGUUGAAUGGUGUAAUCAGUCUGGAUCUAUAAAGUAUCUCUUCAAGUAUAUCAACAAGGGUCCAGAUAAGGUUGCUGUUAUAUUCGAAGCAAAAGAUCAAGCCGAGAAGCCGAAGAACGAAAUCAAAGACUAUUUCGAUUGCAGAUAUGUCUCGACGUCUGAGGCCAUAUGGAGGCUUUUCAAGUUUCCUAUACAAUAUAGGUCUACUCCAGUCGAGAGGCUGUCUUUCCAUAUUGAAGGAAAAAAACCAUGUAUUUAUGACAAAGAUGAUGAGUUAGAAGAUGUUUUGGAAAGGACUAUCAACGUCGACUCCCAGCUCACCGCUUGGUUUGCUCUUAAUAAGAGAGACUCAUUUUCUAGAACUAAACUGUAUGCGCAAAUACCAGCCUUUUAUACAUGGGAUGGUGCUAGAAAAAUGUGGAAGACAAGAAGUAGGGGUUUCUCUUUAGGUAGGAUUAAUUACGUACCAAGGAAACUAGAGGCUGAAUACUACGUGCGGAUGUUACUUAAUAUUGUUCCAGGGGCUGAGUCAUUUGAUGACUUGAGGACAUACAAAAAGGUUGUUUACAAAACUUACAAAGAAGCAUGUAACACACAUGGUAUUCUAGAUGAUGAUCAAAUCUACAUUGAUUGCUUAGUGGAAUCCACACAAUGGUGUUUUGGAUAUUAUCUUCGGAAAUUCUUUGCGGUUUUGUUAUUGUCUGGUAGUCUUUCAAGUCCUGCUCAUGUAUGGGAUGAAACAUGGCAAAUAUUACCGGAAGAUAUUGAGAGGAAAAAAAGAUUAGAAGUCAACAAUCCAGUUCUGGAAUUAACUGCCGAAGAGAAGAUGAAUUUCACACUACAAGAAAUAGAGCUCCAUCUACUAUCAAAUGGAAGUUCUCUAACAUCCUUCGAAGAGAUGCCUCAACCUAACAGAGAUGGUAUGGAUAUCUCUAAUCGGCUAAUAGCCGAUGAAAGGAGAUACAUCCGUGCAGAACAAGCAGAAGACCAUGACGCAUAG